AUGUUUCGGUACGGCAUCCGACGAUGCGGAAGCUUGGCCCGCACUGCGGCUUCAAGUACGAUGCUGCUGAGUGCGCGAACAGCCUUUCCAGCGGCGCGAUCGGCAGCAUCAACAUUGCCCCGACCAGUUGCAUCUUUGAAGAGCUUUGCCAGCCUUAACAGAUUGUAUAGCAGCGAGUCUGCGGCGGCGGAGACUGUGGCUCCUGAAACCACAGCCGGAGAAGUCACAUCAUUUCAAGAUUUGGAGGCCAUUGGGGUGCAUCGCAAUCUGCUGGAUGCCAUCACCAAGGACAUGCGAUACGAUUCAAUGACUCCGGUCCAAGCCAAAGCGAUUAACCCGGCUCUCAAGGGAACUGAUAUUGUUGCUCAAGCUAAAACUGGUACCGGAAAGACCAUUGCCUUCUUGCUACCUCUCCUCCAGCGCAUGAUCGAAGAAGACCCCACACUGGCCUCACGAAAAGCGUCUCGAAAUGCUAGGUCUGACGAUAUCCGCGGCAUCGUGCUGUCCCCAACCCGUGAGCUUGCCGAACAGAUUGCCACGGAAGCGAAGCGGCUGUGCAGCCGCACUGGCCUGGUCGUCCAGUCGGCUGUCGGAGGCACUCAAAAGUCUGCCAUGCUGCGUCAGACACGGCGGCAAGGAUGCCACCUUCUGGUGGCUACUCCAGGUCGUCUGAACGAUCUCCUCGAGGACCCCAACAGUGGUAUCGAUGCUCCUAAUCUGGCGGCGCUUGUGCUAGACGAGGCGGAUCGGAUGCUUGAUGUUGGUUUCGAGAAGGAACUCAACUCAAUUCAGAGCUACCUACCUAGGGACAAAGUAAGACAGACAAUUCUGGUCUCUGCAACCAUUCCCGACAACGUUAUUCAGCUUGCACGCAAGCUUGUUCGUCCCGACGACUUCGAGUUCGUCCAGACUAUUCCUGAGCAUGAGACUCUUACCCACGACAGAAUUCCUCAGCACGUCGUCACUGUCUCCAGCUGGGCCAACGUAUUCCCUUCCCUGUAUGAAUUAAUCGACCGCGAGGUUGCGGCUGCAAAGGCGGAUCAUACCUUGCCCCCUUUCAAGGCAAUCGUCUACUUUAACACAACUUCCAUGGUUGAGCUCGCUGGUGAGAUUGGCUUUCAGCGCAGAAAGAGCGGCCAGCUGAGAAUUCCUACCUUUGCCAUCCAAUCACAGCUUUCUCAGUUCCAGCGAACAAAGGCCGCCGAUAUGUUUAGAAACUCCAAGUCUGGAAUUCUCUUCUCGUCGGAUGUUACCGCCCGUGGCAUGGAUUUCCCCAAUGUUACUCACGUCAUUCAGGUUGAUGCUCCCCGAGAGCGUGAAUCUUAUAUCCACAGAUUAGGCCGUACCGGACGACAGAAUAAGAGCGGCGAGGGCUGGUUGUUUGUACCUCCUAUGUCUGCCAACACUGCCAGGAAACUGCUGCGAGGUCUUCCAUUGAAGCCCAACAAAUCUCUUGAAAGCUCCGAAGUCGACAUCAACUCAGUGGAGGAAUUGCCCGCAUAUCACGAAGAGGUGAAGAGCCUCAUCCAGGAAAUCCCCCGAAAGACCAUGGCCUCUGCGUAUACUUCACUAUUUGGCGGCCAACUCUCGGACAGAGAAGACCUUGUUGAUGAUUUGAACGACUGGGCUAUCAAAGGCUGGGGUUGGUCGGAGCCCCCCGCCGUUUCUUCCAGCUGGGCCAGAAACCAAGGCUUGAUGAAAUCCGGAUUGAAUAUUCAGGACGGCCACAGCGAUCGGAUGCAUCGGGACGACAGGCGGGGAGGUGACCGACGAGGAGGUGACCGACGAGACGACCGCCGUGGCGGAAGCCGGUUCGAUCGCCGUGGACCCCCUGACCCAUUUGCUGAGAUGGGAAGAAAUGCCCGACGUGAUGGGCCGCCACCGAUGCGUUCCAGGGGUGGCCGACGAAGUGGAGGUUUUGAGUCAUCCUGGUAA